GCCAACCCGCCUCUGGCCAGGCGCACCCUGGGGCUGAAGCACCGGCCAAGCAUUCGCCGCUGCGGGCGCGCCGGUGCGGAUCCCCGCGUCCCCUCCGCGCAGCGCAGGGAGGCCCCGCCCGCCGCCGCCGCCGCCGCCUCCGCCUCCCCGGUGCAGCAGGGCCGCCUGCGCCUGGCCCCCGGCGCCCGGCCCCUCCGCCCGGCUCUGGGCAGCGGCGGCCGCAGCGGCAGCAGGAGCAGCGGCGGGGGCAGCGCGAGGGGCGCGGGGCCGGCAGGAGGGAGCCAUGGCCGAUACGGGCGAGGGCGAGGACGAGAUCCAGUUCCUGCGGACCGACGACGAGGUGGUGCUGCAGUGCACGGCGGCCGCCCACAAGGAGCAGCAGAAACUGUGCCUGGCGGCGGAAGGAUUUGGCAACAGGCUCUGUUUCCUGGAGUCCACCUCCAAUUCCAAGAAUGUCCCCCCAGACCUCUCUAUCUGCACCUUUGUGCUGGAGCAGUCCCUCUCUGUCCGGGCCCUACAGGAGAUGCUGGCGAACACGAUGGAGAAGUCAGAAGGGAAAUUCAUGAUGAAGACUGCUCAAGGGGGUGGUCACCGGACACUCCUCUACGGACACGCCAUCCUGCUGCGCCACUCCAACAGCGGCAUGUACCUGUGCUGCCUGUCCACCUCCCGGUCUUCAACGGACAAGCUGGCCUUUGAUGUUGGCUUGCAAGAGGACACAACAGGCGAGGCAUGCUGGUGGACCAUACACCCCGCCUCCAAGCAGCGGUCCGAGGGAGAGAAGGUGCGCGUUGGCGAUGACCUCAUCUUAGUGAGUGUGUCCUCCGAAAGGUACCUGCACCUGUCCUAUGGCAGCGGCAGCGGCAGCCUGCACGUGGACGCCGCUUUCCAGCUGACGCUCUGGAGCGUGGCCCCCAUCAGCUCAGGAAGUGAGGCGGCCCAAGGGUACCUGAUUGGCGGCGACGUCCUGAGGUUGCUGCACGGACACAUGGACGAGUGCCUCACCGUCCCCUCCGGGGAGCAUGGGGAGGAGCAGCGGAGAACUGUUCAUUAUGAAGGUGGUGCCGUGUCUGUCCACGCCCGGUCCCUGUGGAGACUGGAGACGCUGAGAGUUGCGUGGAGUGGGAGCCACAUACGGUGGGGCCAGCCUUUCCGACUGCGGCACGUCACAACGGGAAAGUACCUGAGUCUCAUGGAAGACAAGAACCUUCUCCUCAUGGACAAAGAGAAAGCCGAUGUGAAGUCUACGGCCUUCACCUUCCGCUCCUCCAAGGAAAAAUUGGAUGCAGGGGUGAGAAAAGAAGUCGAUGGCAUGGGAACCUCUGAGAUCAAGUAUGGAGACUCGGUCUGCUACAUACAGCACGUGAACACAGGCCUGUGGCUGACUUACCAGGCUGUGGACGUGAAGUCUGUGAGGAUGGGAGCCAUACAGCGCAAGGCCAUCAUGCAUCACGAAGGCCACAUGGACGACGGCAUAAACUUGUCCAGGUCGCAGCACGAAGAGUCGCGGACAGCGCGGGUCAUCCGGAGCACCGUCUUCCUUUUCAACAGGUUUAUAAGGGGCCUGGAUGCUCUGGGCAGGAAGGCGAAGGUGCCCCCAGUGGACUUGCCCAUCGAGUCGGUCAGCCUGAGCCUGCGGGACCUGAUCAGCUACCUGCACCCGCCGGCCGAGCACCUGGAGCACGAGGACAGGCAGAACCGGCUGCGGGCCCUGAAGAACCGGCAGAACCUCUUCCAGGAGGAGGGGAUGAUCAGCCUCGUGCUCCAGUGCGUGGACCGGCUGCACGUCUACAGCAGCGCCGCCCACUUUGCCGAGGUCGCUGGCAGAGAGGCGGGGGAGUCCUGGAAGUCCAUUCUGAAUUCCCUGUAUGAGUUGCUGGCGGCUCUAAUUAGAGGAAAUCGUAAAAACUGUGCCCAGUUUUCUGGCUCCCUCGACUGGCUGGUCAGCCGACUGGAAAGACUGGAAGCUUCUUCUGGUAUUCUUGAAGUUUUGCACUGUGUGUUAGUAGAAAGUCCAGAAGCUCUAAAUAUUAUCAAAGAAGGGCAUAUUAAAUCCAUUAUUUCACUUUUAGACAAGCAUGGAAGAAAUCACAAGGUUCUGGACGUCUUGUGCUCUCUCUGCGUUUGCCACGGGGUGGCAGUCCGUUCCAACCAGCAUCUCAUCUGUGACAAUCUCCUGCCAGGAAGGGACCUGUUACUGCAGACACGCCUGGUGAACCACGUCAGCAGCAUGAGGCCCAACAUUUUCCUGGGCGUCAGCGAAGGCUCUGCGCAGUAUAAGAAGUGGUACUAUGAACUGAUGGUGGACCACACAGAGCCCUUCGUGACGGCCGAAGCCACCCACCUGCGCGUGGGCUGGGCGUCCACGGAAGGGUACUCUCCCUACCCCGGAGGGGGCGAGGAGUGGGGCGGGAACGGCGUUGGAGACGACCUCUUUUCCUAUGGAUUUGAUGGCCUGCACCUCUGGGCAGGCUGUAUCGCCAGCACCGUGAGCUCGCCAAACCAGCACCUGCUGAGGACCGAUGACGUCAUCAGCUGCUGUUUAGAUCUGAGUGCCCCAAGCAUCUCAUUCCGAAUUAACGGACAGCCUGUUCAGGGGAUGUUUGAGAACUUCAACAUCGAUGGCCUCUUCUUUCCUGUUGUUAGUUUCUCUGCAGGAAUCAAGGUACGCUUUCUGCUUGGAGGAAGACACGGAGAAUUUAAAUUCCUUCCCCCACCGGGCUAUGCUCCUUGUUACGAAGCUGUGCUGCCAAAAGAAAAGCUGAAAGUGGAACACAGCCGCGAGUACAAGCAAGAGAGAACUUACACCCGGGACCUGCUGGGCCCCACAGUUGCCCUGACCCAAGCUGCCUUCACGCCGGUCCCCGUGGACACCAGCCAGAUCGUGUUGCCCCCCCACCUGGAGAGGAUAAGAGAAAAGCUGGCAGAAAACAUCCAUGAGCUCUGGGUUAUGAAUAAAAUUGAACUUGGCUGGCAGUAUGGCCCGGUCAGAGAUGACAACAAGAGGCAGCACCCGUGUCUGGUGGAGUUCUCCAAGCUGCCGGAGCAGGAGCGCAACUACAACCUGCAGAUGUCGCUUGAGACCCUGAAGACCUUGUUGGCAUUAGGAUGCCACGUGGGAAUAUCAGAUGAACAUGCUGAGGAAAAGGUGAAAAAGAUGAAGCUCCCCAAGAAUUACCAGCUGACAAGUGGCUACAAGCCGGCACCGAUGGACCUGAGCUUUAUCAAACUCACCCCGUCUCAGGAAGCAAUGGUGGACAGACUGGCAGAAAAUGCUCACAACGUGUGGGCCCGGGACCGGAUCCGGCAGGGCUGGACCUACGGCAUCCAGCAGGACGUCAAGAACAGAAGAAACCCACGCCUUGUGCCCUACACCCUUCUCGAUGACAGAACCAAGAAGUCCAACAAGGACAGCCUCCGGGAGGCGGUGCGCACGCUGCUGGGGUACGGGUACAGCCUGGAGGCGCCCGACCAAGACCACGCUGCCCGAGCAGAAGUGUGCAGCAGCCCCGGGGAACGGUUCCGGAUCUUCCGGGCUGAGAAAACCUACGCUGUGAAGGCGGGAAGGUGGUACUUCGAGUUCGAGGCUGUCACUGCUGGGGACAUGCGCGUUGGCUGGAGCAGGCCAGGCUGCCAGCCUGAUCAGGAGCUGGGCUGCGACGAACACGCCUUCGCCUUUGACGGCUUCAAGGCCCAGCGGUGGCACCAGGGCAAUGAGCACUACGGGCGUUCCUGGCAAGCAGGCGAUGUCAUGGGGUGCAUGGUGGACAUGACGGAGCGCACCAUGAUGUUCACACUGAACGGCGAAAUCCUUCUUGAUGACUCAGGGUCAGAACUGGCUUUUAAGGACUUUGAUGUUGGUGACGGAUUCAUACCUGUGUGCAGCCUUGGGGUGGCUCAGGUGGGAAGGAUGAACUUUGGAAAGGACGUGAGCACCUUGAAGUAUUUCACCAUUUGUGGCUUACAGGAGGGCUAUGAGCCAUUCGCCGUUAAUACAAACAGGGACAUUACCAUGUGGCUAAGCAAGCGACUUCCUCAGUUUCUCCAGGUUCCAUCAAACCAUGAACAUAUUGAGGUGACCAGGAUAGACGGCACCGCGGACAGCUCUCCGUGUUUAAAGGUCACUCAGAAGUCCUUCAGUUCCCAGAACAGCAGCACGGACAUCAUGUUCUACCGGCUGAGCAUGCCCAUCGAGUGCGCAGAGGUCUUCUCCAGGACGGUGGCUGGGGGGCUCCCGGGUGCCGGCCUCUUCGGGCCCAAGAGUGAUCUGGAGGAUUACGACGUGGAUUCUGAUUUUGAGGUUCUGAUGAAGACAGCUCAUGGCCAUCUGGUGCCCGAUCGAGUGGACAAAGACAAAGAAGCUACAAAACCAGAGUUUAAUAACCACAAAGAUUACGCGCAGGAAAAGCCCUCUCGUCUGAAACAAAGAUUUUUGCUUAGAAAAACAAAGCCGGAUUACAGCACGAGCCAUUCCGCGAGGCUCACGGAGGACGUCCUUGCGGAUGAUCGGGACGACUACGACUACCUGAUGCAGACGUCCACGUACUAUUACUCGGUGAGGAUCUUCCCUGGCCAGGAGCCGGCCAGCGUCUGGGUGGGCUGGGUCACGGCCGACUUCCACCAGUACGACACGUGCUUCGACUUGGACAGAGUUCGCACCGUCACCGUGACUCUGGGAGAUGAAAAAGGGAAAGUGCACGAGAGCAUCAAACGCAGCAACUGCUACAUGGUGUGUGCGGGCGAAAGCAUGAGCCCCGGGCAGGUCCGCAACAACAACGGGCUGGAGAUCGGCUGCGUGGUGGACGCCGCCAGCGGGCUGCUCACCUUCACGGCCAACGGCAAGGAGCUGAGCACCUACUACCAGGUGGAGCCAAGCACCAAAUUAUUUCCUGCAGUUUUUGCACAAGCUACAAGUCCCAAUGUUUUCCAGUUUGAGUUGGGAAGAAUAAAGAACGUGAUGCCUCUCUCGGCGGGACUCUUCAAGAGCGAGCACAGGAACCCCGUGCCUCAGUGUCCCCCACGCCUCCACGUGCAGUUCCUGUCCCACGUCCUGUGGAGCAGAAUGCCCAACCAGUUUCUGAAGGUGGACGUGUCACGGGUCAGCGAGCGCCAGGGCUGGCUGGUGCAGUGCGUGGACCCCCUGCAGUUCAUGUCCCUGCACAUCCCUGAGGAGAACAGGUCCGUGGACAUCCUGGAGCUGACGGAGCAGGAGGAGCUGCUGCGCUUCCACUCGCACACCCUGCGGCUAUACUCGGCCGUGUGUGCCCUGGGCAACCACCGCGUGGCACACGCACUCUGCAGCCACGUGGACGAGGCACAGCUGCUGUAUGCCAUCGAGAGCAAGUACAUGCCCGGCCUGCUGCGCACGGGCUACUACGACCUGCUCAUCGACAUCCACCUGAGCGCCUACGCCACCGCGCGGCUCAUGAUGAACAACGAGUUCAUCGUGCCCAUGACCGAGGAGACCAAGAGCAUCACGCUCUUCCCAGACAAGCACAAGGAGCACGGGCUGCCGGGCAUCGGCCUCAGCACCUCGCUGCGGCCACGCAUGCGCUUCUCCUCGCCUAGCUUUGUGUGCCUCAAUCACGACUGCUACCAGUACAGCCCCGAGUUCCCACUGGACACGCUCAAGGCCAAGACCAUGCAGAUGCUGACCGAGGUGGUGCAGGAGGGCGGACUGCGUGCGAGGGACCCCGUAGGGGGCACCACUGAGUUCCUCUUCGUGCCGCUUAUCAAGCUCUUCUACACGCUGCUCACAAUGGGUGUCUUCCAAGGGGAGGACCUGAAGCACAUCCUGCAACUGAUUGAGCCCCGGGUGUUCAAGGAGGCCUCCCUGGAGGAGGAGCACCAGGCACCACUCAAGGAGCCCCAUACCGAAGAUGCCAGGCCCGAGGGCAUACGAGGGGAUGCGGCAGAGGGGUUGCUGCAGAUGAAACUGCCUGAGCCUGUGAAGCUCCAGAUGUGCCUGCUCCUGCAGUACCUCUGCGACUGCCAGGUCCGACACCGCAUAGAAGCCAUUGUGGCCUUUUCAGACGACUUUGUCGCUAGGCUCCAGGACAACCAGCGCUUCCGCUAUAACGAAGUCAUGCAAGCCCUGAACAUGUCGGCCGCACUCACAGCCCGGAAGACUAAGGAGUUCAGGUCGCCCCCACAAGAACAGAUCAAUAUGCUUCUCAAUUUUAAGGAUGACAAAAACGAGUGUCCAUGUCCAGAGGAAAUUCGAGACCAACUCUUAGAUUUUCAUGAAGAUCUGAUGGCACAUUGUGGAAUUGAGCUGGAUGACGAUGGGUCUCUGGACGGAAGCAGUGACCUAACAAUUAGAGGGCGCCUGAUGUCCCUGGUGGAGAAGGUGACGUCCCUGAAGAAGAAGCAAGCUGACAAGCCAGCGGAGAGUGCCUCCGACAAGUCCUCCACUCUUCAGCAGCUGAUCUCUGAGACGAUGGUGCGGUGGGCUCAGGAGUCUGUCAUCGAGGACCCCGAGCUGGUGAGGGCCAUGUUCGUGCUGCUUCACCGGCAGUAUGACGGCAUCGGGGGUCUGGUCCAGGCCCUGCCCAAGACCUACACCAUCAGCGCUGUCUCCGUGGAGGACACCAUCAACCUGCUGGCCUCCCUGGGCCAGAUCCGCUCUCUGCUGAGUGUGAGGAUGGGCAGAGAAGAGGAGAAGCUCAUGAUUCGGGGACUAGGGGACAUUAUGAAUAAUAAAGUGUUUUACCAGCACCCUAACCUCAUGAGGGCACUGGGGAUGCACGAGACAGUGAUGGAGGUCAUGGUGAACGUCCUUGGCGGUGGGGAGUCCAAGGAGAUCACUUUUCCCAAGAUGGUAGCCAACUGUUGCCGUUUCCUCUGUUACUUCUGUCGGAUAAGCCGGCAGAACCAAAAAGCUAUGUUUGACCAUCUCAGUUACUUAUUAGAAAACAGCAGUGUUGGUCUAGCUUCGCCAGCGAUGAGAGGGUCGACGCCCCUGGACGUGGCAGCGGCCUCGGUGAUGGACAACAAUGAGCUGGCCUUAGCGCUGCGCGAGCCGGACCUGGAGAAGGUUGUCCGGUAUUUGGCCGGCUGUGGACUGCAGAGCUGCCCGAUGCUGGUGGCCAAGGGGUACCCAGACAUUGGCUGGAACCCAGUCGAAGGGGAGAGAUAUCUCGACUUUCUCAGAUUUGCUGUUUUCUGUAAUGGGGAGAGUGUGGAGGAGAACGCGAACGUGGUGGUGCGGCUGCUCAUCCGCAGGCCCGAGUGCUUCGGCCCCGCCCUGCGCGGCGAGGGUGGGAACGGGCUCCUCGCAGCCAUGGAGGAGGCCAUCAAAAUCGCCGAGGACCCUUCUCGAGAUGGCCCCUCACCAACCAGCGGGUCCAGCAAAACCCCUGACACAGCGGAGGAGGACAACACCAUCCACAUGGGGAACGCCAUCAUGACCUUCUAUGCGGCUUUGAUCGACCUGUUGGGACGUUGUGCUCCUGAAAUGCACUUGAUUCACGCCGGGAAGGGGGAAGCCAUCAGGAUCAGAUCAAUUUUGAGGUCCCUGAUUCCACUGGGAGAUUUGGUGGGCGUGAUCAGCAUCACUUUCCAGAUGCCUGCGAUAGCCAAAGAUGGGAAUGUGGUGGAGCCUGACAUGUCUGCGGGGUUCUGCCCAGAUCACAAGGCAGCCAUGGUUCUGUUCCUUGACAGGGUCUAUGGCGUUGAGGUUCAGGAUUUCCUCCUCCACCUCCUGGAGGUUGGCUUUCUGCCAGAUCUCCGGGCUGCUGCUUCCUUAGACACGGCUGCUUUGAGUGCUACGGACAUGGCCUUGGCCCUCAAUCGGUACCUCUGCACGGCCGUGUUGCCUUUGUUAACAAGAUGUGCUCCUCUUUUUGCUGGCACAGAGCACCACGCUUCCCUCAUCGACUCGUUGCUUCAUACCGUGUACAGACUUUCUAAGGGCUGCUCACUGACCAAAGCUCAGCGGGAUUCCAUAGAAGUUUGUUUGCUCUCUAUUUGUGGCCAACUGAGACCUUCUAUGAUGCAGCACUUACUCAGGAGAUUCGUGUUUGAUGUCCCGCUGUUAAAUGAGCAUGCAAAGAUGCCCCUUAAGCUGCUGACCAACCACUAUGAAAGGUGCUGGAAGUACUACUGUCUACCGGGCGGGUGGGGGAACUUCGGAGCUGCCUCGGAGGAAGAACUUCAUUUAUCAAGAAAAUUGUUCUGGGGCAUUUUUGAUGCCCUGUCUCAAAAGAAAUACGAACAAGAGCUUUUCAAACUGGCUCUGCCGUGCCUGAGUGCGGUGGCGGGCGCACUGCCCCCGGACUACAUGGAGUCAAACCACGUGGGCAUGAUGGAGAAGCAGUCAUCCAUGGAUUCGGAGGGGAACUUCAACCCCCAGCCUGUCGAAACCUCAAAUAUUACGAUUCCUGAGAAGCUGGAAUACUUCAUUAACAAAUAUGCUGAGCACUCCCACGACAGGUGGUCCAUGGACAAGUUGGCCAAUGGAUGGAUUUAUGGAGAAACUUACUCAGACUCAUCUAAAGUUCAACCGUUAAUGAAGCCAUAUAAACUAUUAUCUGAAAAGGAAAAAGAAAUCUAUCGCUGGCCAAUCAAAGAAUCUUUGAAAACGAUGCUGGCUUGGGGCUGGAGAAUUGAGCGCACGCGGGAGGGGGACAGCAUGGCCCUCUACCACCGGACCCGGCGCAUCUCUCAGACCAGCCAGGUUUCUGUGGAUGCUGCUCAUGGGUACAGCCCCCGGGCCAUUGACAUGAGCAAUGUCACACUGUCCAGGGACCUGCAUGCUAUGGCAGAAAUGAUGGCUGAAAACUACCAUAAUACAUGGGCAAAGAAGAAGAAAAUGGAACUGGAGUCCAAAGGAGGCGGGAACCACCCCCUGCUGGUGCCUUACGAUACGCUGACCGCCAAAGAGAAGGCCAGGGACCGAGAGAAAGCACAGGACACCCUCAAGUUCCUGCAGAUCAACGGCUACGCUGUGUCCAGAGGGUUCAAGGACCUGGAGUUGGACGCGCCUACGAUUGAGAAGCGAUUUGCCUACAGCUUCCUUCAGCAGCUCAUCCGCUACGUGGACGAAGCCCAUCAGUAUAUCUUGGAGUUCGAUGGCGGCUGCAGAGGCAAAGGACAGCGUUUCCCUUACGAGCAAGAAAUCAAGUUCUUUGCUAAAGUUGUCCUGCCUCUAAUUGAUCAGUAUUUCAAAAACCAUCGUUUAUACUUCCUGUCUGCAGCGAGCAGACCGCUGUGCUCUGGAGGACAUGCGUCAAACAAGGAGAAGGAAAUGGUGACGAGCCUGUUCUGCAAACUCGGAGUUCUUGUCAGGCAUAGGAUCUCACUGUUUGGAAACGAUGCAGCAUCCAUUGUCAACUGUCUUCACAUUUUGGGUCAGACUCUGGAUGCAAGGACCGUCAUGAAGACCGGCCUGGAGAGUGUGAAGGGCGCACUCAGUGCCUUUCUGGACAGCGCAGCGGAGGACCUGGACAGGACCCUGGAGAACCUGAAGGAGGGCCAGUUCACGCACACCCGCAGCCAGCCGCGGGGCGUCACGCAGAUCAUCAACUACACGACGGUGGCGCUGCUGCCUGUGCUGUCCUCCCUGUUCGAGCACAUCGGCCAGCACCAGUUCGGGGAGGACCUGAUCCUGGAAGAUGUACAGGUGUCCUGUUAUAGAAUUCUGAAGAGCUUAUAUGCUCUGGGAACGAGCAAGAGUAUUUAUGUGGAAAGGCAGCGAUCUGCGGUGGGCGAGUGUCUGGCGGCCUUUGCGGGUGCCUUCCCGGUGGCGUUUCUGGAAACUCAUCUCAACAAACACAACAGCUGCUCCAUCUACAAUACUAGCUCCUCACGGGAGAGAGCAGCUCUCAAUCUGCCAGUCAACGUGGAAGAUGUUUGUCCAAAUAUCCCAUCUUUGGAGAAACUGAUGGAAGAGAUUGUGGAGCUGGCCGAGUCCGGGAUCCGCUACACGCAGAUGCCGCAUGUGAUGGAAGUCAUCCUGCCCAUGCUCUGCAGCUACAUGUCCCGGUGGUGGGAGCAGGGGCCCGAGAGCAACCCCGAGAGGGCUGGGCUGUGCUGCACGGCUCUGAACUCGGAGCACAUGAACACCCUGCUGGGCAACAUCCUGAAAAUCAUCUACAACAACCUGGGCAUCGACGAGGGGGCCUGGAUGAAGAGGCUGGCAGUGUUUUCCCAGCCGAUUAUAAAUAAAGUGAAGCCUCAGCUCCUGAAAACUCAUUUCUUGCCAUUAAUGGAGAAACUGAAGAAAAAGGCAGCCAUGGUGGUCGCGGAGGAAGACCAUCUGAAAGCCGAGGCCAGGGGGGACAUGUCCGAGGCCGAGCUGCUCAUCCUGGACGAGUUCACCACGCUGGCCAGGGACCUCUAUGCCUUCUACCCGCUCCUGAUCCGAUUCGUGGACUACAACAGGGCGAAGUGGCUCAAAGAACCGAGCCCGGAAGCCGAGGGCCUGUUCCGCAUGGUGGCCGAGGUGUUCAUCUACUGGUCCAAGUCCCACAACUUCAAAAGAGAGGAGCAGAACUUCGUGGUCCAGAACGAAAUCAACAACAUGUCCUUCCUCAUCUCUGACACCAAGUCCAAGAUGUCAAAGGCCGCUGUGUCCGACCAGGAGAGGAAGAAGAUGAGGCGGAAAGGAGACCGCUACUCCGUGCAGACCUCCCUCAUCGUGGCUGCGCUGAGGCGGCUGCUGCCCAUUGGGCUGAACAUCUGUGCCCCCGGAGACCAGGAGCUCAUUGCUCUGGCCAAGAGCCGGUUGAGUAUGAAAGACACUGAGGAUGAAGUCCGAGAUAUAAUCCGCAGUAAUAUUCAUUUACAAGGCAAGUUGGAGGAUCCUGCUAUUAGAUGGCAAAUGGCUCUUUACAAAGACCUGCCGAACAGGCCUGAGGACAGUGCCGAUCCCGAGAAGACGGUGGAGAGGGUCCUGGACAUAGCGAGCGUGCUCUUCCAUCUCGAGCAGGUGGAGCACCCUCAGAGGUCAAAGAAGGCCGUGUGGCACAAGCUGCUCUCCAAGCAGCGGAAACGGGCGGUGGUGGCCUGCUUCCGCAUGGCCCCUCUCUACAACCUGCCCAGGCAUCGGGCCGUCAAUCUUUUUCUUCAGGGGUAUGAGAAGUCCUGGAUUGAGACAGAAGAGCAUUACUUUGAGGAUAAACUGAUAGAAGACUUAGCGAAACCUGGAGCGGACCCUCCAGAGGAAGACGAAGGCACUAAGCGAGUUGAUCCUCUGCAUCAGCUGAUCCUUCUGUUCAGCCGAACGGCCUUAACGGAGAAAUGCAAACUGGAGGAGGAUUUUUUAUACAUGGCUUAUGCAGAUAUAAUGGCAAAGAGUUGUCAUGAUGAAGAUGACGAUGACAGUGAAGAAGAGGUGAAGAGUUUUGAAGUCACGGGAUCCCAGCGCAGCAAGGAAAAGGAAAUGGAGAAGCAGAAGCUUCUGUACCAGCAAGCCCGGCUGCAUGAGCGCGGCGCCGCCGAGAUGGUGCUGCAGACCAUCAGCGCCAGCAAAGGUGAAACUGGACCGAUGGUGGCUGCUACUUUGAAACUUGGAAUUGCUAUCCUAAAUGGUGGGAACUCCACAGUGCAGCAGAAAAUGCUCGACUACCUCAAGGAGAAGAAGGACGUGGGUUUCUUCCAGAGCCUCGCGGGCCUGAUGCAGUCAUGCAGCGUCCUCGACCUGAACGCCUUUGAGCGGCAGAACAAAGCUGAAGGGCUGGGGAUGGUGACGGAGGAAGGAUCAGGCGAGAAGGUUCUUCAGGACGAUGAGUUCACCUGCGACCUCUUCCGCUUCCUGCAGCUGCUCUGCGAGGGACACAACUCAGAUUUUCAGAAUUACCUGAGGACUCAGACUGGCAACAACACCACCGUGAACAUCAUCAUCUCCACCGUGGACUACCUGCUGCGGGUGCAGGAGUCCAUCAGUGAUUUCUAUUGGUACUACUCGGGGAAAGACGUGAUCGAUGAGCAAGGACAGCGGAACUUCUCCAAAGCAAUUCAAGUAGCAAAACAAGUGUUUAACACUCUCACAGAGUAUAUCCAGGGUCCGUGCACCGGGAACCAGCAGAGCCUGGCCCACAGCCGGCUCUGGGACGCGGUCGUGGGCUUCCUCCACGUGUUUGCCCACAUGCAGAUGAAGCUGUCCCAGGAUUCCAGCCAAAUCGAGCUCCUGAAAGAGCUGAUGGACCUGCAGAAGGACAUGGUGGUCAUGCUGCUGUCCAUGCUGGAAGGUAACGUCGUGAACGGGACCAUCGGCAAGCAGAUGGUCGACAUGCUUGUGGAGUCGUCCAACAACGUGGAGAUGAUCCUCAAAUUCUUCGACAUGUUCUUAAAACUAAAGGACUUGACCUCUUCUGACACGUUUAAGGAAUACGACCCCGACGGCAAGGGCGUCAUCUCCAAGAGGGACUUCCACAAAGCGAUGGAGAGCCACAAGCACUACACGCCGUCGGAGACCGAGUUCCUGCUGUCCUGUGCGGAGACGGACGAGAACGAGACCCUGGACUACGAGGAGUUCGUGAAGCGCUUCCACGAGCCAGCCAAGGACAUCAGCUUCAACGUGGCCGUGCUGCUGACCAACCUCUCGGAGCACAUGCCCAACGACUCGCGGCUGCAGACCUUCCUGGAGCUGGCGGAGAGCGUGCUGCGCUACUUCCAGCCCUUCCUGGGCCGCAUCGAGAUCAUGGGCAGCGCCAAGCGCAUCGAGCGCGUGUACUUCGAGAUCAGCGAGUCCAGCCGCACGCAGUGGGAGAAGCCGCAGGUCAAGGAGUCCAAGCGCCAGUUCAUCUUCGACGUGGUCAACGAGGGCGGCGAGAAAGAGAAGAUGGAGCUCUUCGUGAACUUCUGCGAGGACACCAUCUUCGAGAUGCAGCUGGCGGCCCAGAUCUCCGAGUCGGACCUGAGCGAGCGGUCAGCCAGCAAGGAGGAGAGCGAGAAGGAGAAGCCGGAGGAGCAGAGCCCGCGGACCGGCUUCUUCUCCCUGCUGACCAUCCGCUCGGCCCUGCUGGCGCUCAGGCACAACCUGCUGACACUCCUGCGCAUGCUCAGCCUGAAGAGCCUGAAGAAGCAGAUGAAGAAGGUGAAGAAGAUGACGGUGAGGGACAUGGUCACGGCGCUCUUCUCCUCCUACUGGGAGGCGCUGGCGAGCCUGCUGCACGUGGUGGCCAGCGUGCUGCGCGGCUUCUCCCGCAUCGUGGGCAGCCUGCUCCUGGGGGGCAGCCUGGUGGAGGGUGCGAAGAAGAUCAGGGUGGCGGAGCUCCUGGCCGACAUGCCAGACCCCACGCAGGACGAGGUGCGGGAUGACGGGGAGGAGGGCGAGCGGAAGCCGCUGGAGGCCGCCCUGCCCUCGGAGGACCUCACCGACCUGAAGGAGCUGACGGAGGAGAGCGACCUGCUCUCCGACAUCUUCGGCCUGGACCUGAAGCGGGAAGGAGGGCAGUACCGACUCAUCCCUCACAACCCGAACGCUGGCCUCAGCGACCUCAUGAGCAACCCAGAGCCCGUUCCCGAGGCCCCAGAGAAAGUGCAGGAACAGGAGACAAAAGAGGAAGAAAAGGAAGAAAAAGAAGAAAACAGGUCGGAACCCGAGAAAGCCGAGGGAGAAGAUGGAGAGAAAGAAGAAAAGGCCAAAGACGAGAAGAGCCGGCAGAAGCUGCGGCUGAUCCACACGCACAGAUACGGGGAGCCCGAGGCCCCCGAGUCCGUGUUCUGGAAGAAGAUCAUUGCUUAUCAGCAGAAGCUUCUGAACUAUUUUGCUCGCAACUUUUACAACAUGAGAAUGUUGGCCUUAUUUGUCGCCUUUGCAAUCAACUUCAUAUUGCUCUUCUAUAAGGUCUCCACUUCUUCUGUGGUUGAAGGCAAGGAGCUCCCCCCUCGCAGCGCAAGCGAAAGCGCCAGAGUCAGCAGCCCCGAUGACGGCGGUGACGACGCGCCUGGCGUCCUGGCGGUGCACUACGUCCUGGAGGAGAGCAGCGGCUACAUGGAGCCCACGCUGCGCAUCCUGGCCGUGCUGCACACCGUCAUCUCCUUCUUCUGCAUCAUCGGCUACUACUGCCUGAAGGUCCCGCUGGUUAUUUUUAAGCGCGAAAAGGAAGUAGCUCGGAAAUUGGAAUUUGACGGGCUUUACAUUACAGAGCAGCCUUCGGAAGACGAUAUUAAAGGCCAGUGGGAUCGACUCGUAAUCAACACACAGUCAUUUCCCAACAACUACUGGGACAAAUUUGUCAAAAGAAAGGUUAUGGAUAAAUACGGCGAGUUCUAUGGCCGGGACAGAAUCAGCGAGUUGCUUGGCAUGGACAAAGCCGCCCUGGACUUCAGUGACGCCCGGGAGAAAAAGAAGCCCAAGAAAGACAGCUCCCUGGCGGCGGUACUGAACUCCAUCGACGUGAAGUAUCAGAUGUGGAAACUUGGAGUCGUUUUCACUGACAAUUCCUUCCUGUACCUGGCCUGGUACAUGACCAUGUCCGUGCUGGGCCACUACAACAACUUCUUCUUUGCUGCUCAUCUUCUCGACAUCGCCAUGGGCUUCAAGACGCUGAGGACCAUCUUGUCGUCAGUAACGCACAAUGGCAAGCAGCUGGUGUUAACCGUGGGCUUAUUAGCCGUUGUCGUGUACCUGUACACGGUGGUGGCAUUCAAUUUCUUCCGAAAAUUCUACAAUAAAAGUGAAGACGGAGACACGCCAGAUAUGAAAUGUGACGACAUGCUGACGUGCUACAUGUUCCACAUGUACGUGGGUGUGCGAGCUGGAGGCGGCAUCGGCGAUGAGAUCGAGGACCCGGCGGGCGAUGAGUAUGAGAUCUAUCGGAUCAUCUUCGACAUCACCUUCUUCUUCUUCGUGAUUGUCAUCCUCUUGGCGAUAAUACAAGGUUUAAUCAUCGAUGCGUUUGGGGAACUGAGAGACCAGCAGGAGCAGGUCAAGGAGGACAUGGAGACCAAGUGCUUCAUCUGUGGGAUAGGCAACGACUACUUCGACACGGUGCCACACGGCUUCGAAACCCACACCCUGCAGGAGCACAACCUGGCCAACUACCUGUUUUUCUUGAUGUAUCUCAUCAACAAGGAUGAGACGGAGCACACGGGGCAGGAAUCUUACGUGUGGAAGAUGUACCAGGAAAGAUGUUGGGAGUUUUUCCCAGCCGGGGACUGUUUCCGGAAACAGUAUGAAGACCAGCUGAAUUAAUUCAGACCCGAUCACCUAGAAACCCCAGCACCCUCACCCUCCAUGGCCCUCUGCGCCUCUCUCUCUCUCUCUCUCUCUCUCUCUCUCUCUCUCUCUCUCUCUCUCUCUCUCUGAAUCUCUCUGACUCUCUCUCUGAUUCUCUCUGACUUUGUCUCUUGCAAACAUCCGCUGAUGUGAGACUUGCCGCCUUCCAUGCUUUCUGGGAGCAGUGACGCUGUGUUCCUGGCUGGGCCUUCCCCACCUCGUGUAUUUUCUUUGAGAAUAAAGACUGAAGAAUAAUCUGUACUCAUACGCAGACAACAUAGGAACUCCGGAAAGAAAGCCAUCUGGACACUCAGGCAUAACACAGACAGACGUCCUUCCGUCCUUCCGAGACGCUGGGAGCUCCCUGCGGGCAAGGUCACAGGGAAGGUCGGCCGUGCCCUGGGCUCCUCACUUCUCCAUCCUGGGAGGGACCUGGUGGUCCCGCAGCUGCAGUGCCUCCGCCGGUGGCGAAGGAAACAGUGCCUUACUCAGUGGGCUGAGCUAUGCAGAAGACGCGCGUGGAGCAUCUUUGUUUUCAUGUCCACUUCGUUUCCUUCGGUUGAUUUUGUGAGUUGUUUCCUUUGUUCUUUUGCUUUGUGGGGGAGGGUAGAAAAGCAGUCCGUGUACUUUGCAAGGAGCCGGUGGCCGGUCUCGUGACGAGGGGCUCCUCUCAUCCUCCCACUCACGCCCCCCACGGCCCAGCUCCCCUUUCCGCCAUGCUCUGAUGCAACCCUGCAACUCGAUGAAAUCCUUGUGUGAAACAGACUGCAGACAACACACUUUCAAAAGAACUCAUUGCAUGUUUAUGAUGCAAGUUUCAACUGACAGAGAAACCCUCCGAGGCCAGCUGGUCCCGCGAGAACGUUCCCUAUCACUGGUCCACGGGACAGAGCGCCGUGGGCCCCCGUGUCCGCAGCCACACCGUCCACCCACCACGACCCGCUGUGGACCUGAGCCAUCCCGGGUGGUCCCCUCUUCCCGCCACCUGUGACCAGCGGCUGAGUAAGGACUUCUCGUCCGACCAUUUCUCAAUAUCGAUGCUGAAGCAAUAUCCAUUCAGGGAGUUCAUCGGUUGCAUAAAGCCACGGGUGAUGAGAUCAGUCACUCCAUUUGGGGUCCUUUUCAGUGGAAGGCUGUUCUUUACAGAGAGAAAGGCAGUUGGGAAUGGAAGCGAGGCCAUGUGGCCAAGCCUGGGGCUCUUUUAUUUAGGAUUGUAACACUGCUCUGAUUAAACUAUUUAACUAA